CACGAGUAGCGGUGCUACUUACAGAACGCCCACCUACACCACAUUUUCUUUUGACUUUUGCCUUUGAGCACGCAGACGUGAGAUGUUCGCAGGAUAAGGAUGAAUUCGUUGGCGGUGUCGGUGUCAAAACAGCUGCUUACGUUGGAUGCAGCAGAUGAUUGUGUUGUAGCACCGACUGCUGUGAGACACUGAUGUUUCUUUUCCGUAAGCGCUCUUAUUAGCAGUUUUGAUCUAUGAUUGAAGAUGCCGAGGUUCCAACAUUUAAACAGCACUAGUAUACCAAAUCACAAUUAUGAAUGGAGCUACGAAUACUACGACGACGAAGAACCUGUGUCUUUUGAGGGACUCAAAGCACAUCGAUAUUCCAUUGUGAUCGGCUUUUGGGUGGGUCUAGCAGUUUUUGUCAUUUUUAUGUUUUUUGUUCUGACUCUUCUGACCAAAACAGGAGCACCACACCCAGAGGCCGCGGAGCCUUAUGAGAAACGAAUGCGUCUCACAAGCUGCGCCGAGGGUCUGGGCCGCCAAUGUGAGGCAGACACCCGAACGAGUCUCUCUCGCCCAUUGCUGGAAGAGUCCCGGUCUUUUUUUCACUGUUACAUAAAUGAAGAAGAGCGAGAAGGAGGCAGGGCCACUGCUGGUGCCACCCAUGGACGUACAGGCAGCGGCGACUCCAGAGACCAGUUGGAAACAGUCGGCCUAGUCGUGCAAAGCAUGGUCAUGGACACCAGGGCGGAACGAGAGGCAGCACUCUUGGCGCAUUUCAACAUUCCCAACUUCGUGAACUCAGAACUGAACUCUGUGUUGGGGGAUGAAGAUUUACUACUGGGCGAUCCACCGAUCAUAAUUGAGGAGGCACGUCCACGCUGCACCCAUCAUAUCAUUGACUAAUCCACCAGUUUAAAGAUGGCCUUUUUCACUCAUUAUGGCUCCAUUAUUGUCUUCAACUCAGCCUGUGAUCUCUAAAAGUGAAGAGUGAUGGUGUUUUGCUUCAAAAGCUCUGCUUUUGCAGCGCACGCUUUAAGGCUGAGCUAUUUUCUGACAUCUGGGGUCUACAGUGACUCAUGAUGUCAGUCUGCAAGAUAAAAAAAGGUGGGAUUGCACGAAUGGGAUUUGGCGAAUAUGUUCUUGACAGCAGCGACAGCAUGCUAAAAGACUGUUGGGAGAAAAUGCCAGAUAUUUAAAGA